CCCAAGACCUGCAAUUUGCCACGACUCCGAUUCCAUUUUCCAGCCUUUUCUUUGUCUCUUGGUGUUUACAGGGCCCUUGCUGCAUUCCUGAGAGCCGCUCAUUUGUCAAAUCUCCGUUUGGCUCUUACUUAACAUGGCAAGGACAGAGAAUGUGAUCAAAAUGGUCGCCCUUAACCCGUGACUGCAAGAAGGGGAGGAGAAUAAAACCAUCUGACAUGUUUGUCCGAACAUCUGUGUCCCAUGUUUAUUCACACCAGUGGUUUUCAGGGUAGAAUAUGAGUAUUUUCCUGGUGAAUGGCAGCAGCAGCAGCAGCCCUCCCUGCAUUGCAGCAGUGUAUCAGAGCAGGGAGAGCCUGUGUGGCACACACAGCACCAGCCGCCCAAUCACGCGCCUCCGUGUGGCUCUCAAACCAAUCGGCAGCACACAGCUGAGGUUAAAGAUUGACAAUCGCUAUGAGAGCAGCAGGGAGAGCAGGGCCCUUCUGGAAAAUUCUGCACCCAUCUUUGUCUCAUCCCUCACUGCCUUUAUAUCUGAAAAAAAAAACAUUUAAAAGGCUCAGCCUGAAGAAUCUGUGUACUGUGCCUGUAAAGAAAAAGUUUGGCUGAAGGAGGGAAGGAGUCAGAUGCAACUGAAAGGAUGGAAAUCGCAACACGAUCCAAGGUCUCUGAUCAAGGGUCAGCAGAGAGGACCGUCCCAAAGCGCAAGGUUUCCAGCCCCCCUCACUCCUCAAACGGACACUCACCAUCAGAAUCCUCCUCCAGUCCUGUCAAAAAGAAGAAGAAACCAGGAGCCGUCAAUAACAGUAAAGACCAGUCAGAACUAAGACAUGGUCCCUUUUACUAUGUGAAGCAGCCUGCACUCACCACAGACCCUGUUGAUGUUGUGCCGCAGGACGGGCGGAAUGACUUUUACUGCUGGGUGUGCCACCGCGAGGGCCAAGUGCUCUGCUGUGAGCUCUGCCCGCGCGUCUACCACGCUAAGUGCCUCAAACUGGCUGCAGAGCCCGAGGGAGACUGGUUCUGCCCUGAAUGUGAGAAAAUAACAGUUGCAGAGUGCAUAGAGACUCAGAGUAAAGCUAUGACGAUGCUCACAUUGGAUCAGCUGUCUUUCCUGCUGAAGUUUGCUCUCCAGAAGAUAAAGCAGCCUGGUACGGAGCCAUUUCAGAAGCCGGUGUCGUUGGAACAGCAUCCUGAUUAUGCAGAAUAUAUAUUUCAUCCCAUGGAUCUCUGUACUUUAGAAAAGAAUACUAAAAAGAAAAUGUACGGCUCCACUGAGGCUUUCCUGGCUGAUGUGAAGUGGAUUUUGCACAACUGUAUCAUUUAUAACGGAGGCAACCAUAAACUUACAGCAACGGCUAAAGUUAUUGUAAAGAUCUGUGAACAUGAAAUGAAUGAGAUCGAGGUCUGUCCGGAGUGCUAUCUCUCUGCAUGCCAGAAAAGGGACAACUGGUUUUGUGAACCAUGUAGCAACCCUCACCCUCUGGUCUGGGCCAAGCUGAAGGGAUUCCCAUUUUGGCCUGCCAAAGCUCUUCGGGACAAAGAUGGACAAGUGGAUGCACGGUUCUUUGGGCAGCAUGACAGGGCCUGGGUUCCUAUUAACAACUGCUACCUCAUGUCCAAAGAGAUCCCCUUCUCUGUGAAGAAGACCAAGAGCAUCUUCAACAGUGCCAUGCAGGAGAUGGAAGUGUACGUAGAGAACAUCCGGAAAAAAUUUGGCGUCUUCAAUUAUGCUCCAUUCCGCACACCUUACACACCAGACAACCAGUUCCAGAUGCUCCUGGACCCGGCAAACCCUGGCGCGGGCUCCGUCAAACCUGAAAAACAUGAAAAGAUCAAGAUCAGCUUUGAUGUAACAGCAUCUCCAAAGUUGCUUGUGGGAAAGAGCAUGGUGUCCAGUGGAAACGUAGGGGGCGGGACAGGAAGGCGAAUCUCAAUGACGGACAUGCCUCGUUCACCAAUGAGCACUAAUUCCUCUGCCCAUACGGGAUCUGAUGGAGAACAGGAGACUACAGAGAAAGGUCAUGCUAGAGCGGCCCUGCCACAUUACAGCACUGGAGAGGAGUCAGCGGACUGCACUGCAUCACCUGGCCCUCCUAGAGCAGGUCUCACAGGAAACACCUUAGAGAGCCCUAAACCUUUCCAUUCACCGGCUCCCAGCACCCCUGUUAAACAGGAGAAGACCCCCACUACCGGCAGCAUCCUCAACCUCAACCUCGAUCGUAGUAAGGCAGAGAUGGACCUGAAGGAGCUGAGUGAAAGUGUCCAGCAGCAACAGCAACAGGGGGCUCAGCCCUCCCUCACCUCCCCUAAGAGACAGAUCAGAAGCCGUUUCCAACUUAACCUGGAUAAGACCAUAGAGAGCUGCAAAGCACAGCUGGGUAUAGAUGAAAUAUCUGAGGAUGUGUAUAAAGGCGUAGAGCACAGUGAUUCGGAGGAAUCCGACAAGUCUGUCUCCAGCGAGAGUGAAUACGGUAGCGACGAUGAGCAGAAAUCGAAGUGCGGCCAAGAUGACAAAACCGUAGCUGAUGAUAAAAAUGAGAAAGAGCCACCCAAGAAAAAGUCAAAACCAUCGGCGGCUGCUGGUGAGGACAAAGAAAGCAGUGCAGAGUCUGCUGCUACAGCCAGUAAAACAACCAAAGGAGAAACCAGCCAAAAAUCAAGCACCUCUGAGCCUAUAGCUAAAGACAAACCAGGAAUGGAUUCAGAGAAAGAACCUCCUGAGAAACUGAAAGCUGCUCCCGCAUCCCCAGAUCCCAGAGAGAAACCCAAGGGCUCUGCGGAGGCCGUGCAGCCGGCAUCUGUGGAUGAAGACAUGGACUCAGACUCUGAGAGGGAGCUGGUCAUUGACCUGGGAGAAGAGCAGGCAGGGAAGGAGAGGAAGAGGAACAGGAAAGAUUCAGCCGCUGUCACUGCACUCAAAGAGCCCACAGCCUCCAAACCUGAAGGUAAAGCCACUCCAGUUUCAGCCCAGCCUCAGAACCCAACAGUCCUUUCCUCCUCCCCAACUAUUAAAGACCCGUCUCAAUCCCCGAUGGCCGUCCCGCUUAACAUAAUACCAUUCACAGCAGCUCCGAACAACACAACUUUGACCUCAUCGACCCUCCCCAUCACCACUCCCUCCACCGCCAACAGUUCCUCACCCAUCUCCACCAUCACAGUAAAGAAACAGCGACCUUUACUGCCCAGAGAGACCGUACCUGUGGUGCAGCAGGCCGUCGUGUGGAACCCCACCACCAAGUUUCAGACGUCCUCUCAAAAAUGGCACAUGCAAAAGGUGCACAGGCAGCAGCAGGGCCAAACGCAACCGGCCACGCAGGCGCAGGUGUUAACGCAGGUGCAGCACAGCCAACAGCCGCAGCAGCAGGCGCAGGUCUCCUCAUCCUCGACGGGACAGCAGCCUUCAUCCAGCACCAGAUACCAAACACGACAGGCUGUGAAAACAGUGCAACAGAAAGACUCGACACACACCACAUCCACCUCCACCGUCACCCUGGUUACCAGCACACCGGUAUCGGCCACCGUGAUGGCAGGUCCCUCCGUCAGCUCUUCCUCUUCAUCAUCAACACCCACAACUGGAGACUUCCAGAUCCCCACUACGUCUGCUGAUGUAGCAGCUGAUAUAGCGAAGUACACUAAUAAAAUCAUGGAUGCAGUUAAAGGGACUAUGACUGAGAUAUAUAAUGACCUUUCCAAAAGCACCUCGGGAAACACAAUAGCAGAGAUUAGACGGUUGCGAAUUGAAAUUGAAAAACUUCAGUGGCUACAUCAACAAGAAUUAUCAGAGAUGAAGCACAAUUUAGAGCUAACCAUGGCAGAGAUGAGGCAGAGUCUGGAACAGGAGCGAGAGCGAAUCGUGACAGAGGUCAAGAAGCAGAUGGAAGUGGAGAAACAGCAGGCCAUAGAUGAAACUAAAAAGAAGCAAUGGUGUGCAAAUUGCAGAAAGGAGGCCAUUUUCUACUGCUGUUGGAACACCAGCUACUGCGACUAUCCCUGCCAACAAGCACACUGGCCUGAGCACAUGAAGUCAUGCACACAGUCUGCAACAUCAUCACAGCAAGAACAAGAGUCGGAAGGCACCACAGAUGUUACUCCUAAAGUCCCUGGACAGCCGAACAACUCGCCUAGAGAGACUGUAUCUGUUGCACCUGCAGACAAAGACAGUGAAGGGGAUAAAGCCAAGGACAGUGUCACUGUCACAAUGUCCUAGCUCAUAUGUACAAAACACACUACAUCAGCACUUAUGUCUGUACAGCUGUACAUAGAUGUUGUCAAAUCCUUCAAUAAAAUUUUUCCAAUAAUGUUUGUCUUGCCUGACUGUGCUUUUAUGUUAUGACUGUGUCUGAAUGUUCUAAAUCUAAGACACACAGACCAUUUCCUGUUGUAGGAUUGAGAGGGUUGUCAGCCACUGUUGGGUUUGAUCCUAAAAAAAAAGCCCAGUUUAUUUAUUGUUCUUUUUAAAUCGUGUGGGUACAUGGGGUCUGAUAACUCUUUUUAGUGUUAACAAAAUAUAUCUAUAAUGCUCAGAAUGCCUGAUCUGCUGGUAAUCUUUCAAAGAUGAGUCCCGUCACUCAUUUUAUGGUUACAGCGAAAUUGUGGUUUUUAUUUCCCGUUCCAAAAACCUAGUACAAAAUGUGUUUAUUUUGAUUUUUGGUAAUUUAAGAAGAGUAUUGUGCUGUAUUUCUUGGAUUAUUUUAUUUAUGCCAUUUUAUCAAAACAUUUGGUUAUAUUAAACAUAAGAGACAUCUUCUCCAUACAGCGCUAAGAACACUGUUUCGAAAAAUAUGACUACUCUAUCACUAUCUUGUUCGAUUGUGUGUCUCCAUGGAAAGGAUAUGGUUAAACAUGUUGUAAAACUGUAUUGUCAUUAGAUAAGAGUGAGAAUUAUAAAUCUGAGGCUCUGUUUAUUUGUUUACCUGUAAUAUAUCAUAAAUGCCUUCAGUUUUUUUUUUUUUCCUGCUGUUUACCUCUGAGAUCCUGUUGAUGUUGCAGUUUGUGUCAUCAAUAGAAUCUCAUUGUUCUCUUUUUAGGUUUACCUUGCAUUUGGGAGCCAGUGUUAUGAUUGAUGAAUGACAGAAAAUGUUGUCAUGUCUAUAUUGUUGGUGUCAAAGAAUUGUUUGCCUUUAAGUUGACAAUUACUUUAAGCUGAGUAAUUUAUGUUUCCUUUUUUUAAUUUUUAAAAGUACCUGAAUCAUUUUAUAUGAACAUUGGUGAAAUGUAUUAUUUUUUAAAUUACCUUUUAAUUUCCUAGUUAACAAUAUUGUAAUUUCAAACCAAUAUAGGUGAUAAAGGCAGUGCUUGUUUAUUGCUGUUUUUGUUAGUUAUAUUUUUUGAUGCUGUAUUCUAAAUGUUUGAAGAACAUAUUUUUAUUAACCCAUAAGUUACUGCAUCUGUGAACCAGAAACAGAAAAAAUCUGUAUGUUAUGCUGUUAAUAGUGCAUACAUGUGUUAUUCCAAACCAUAUACAGAGGGCAAAUGAAAGCGGUCAGGAGUGGCUGUCAGUCUAAAGAAGAACAGAUCGAUGUUUACAAUAUUGUAUAUAAAUAAAGAUCUGGUGGUCUAAAUUGUAAUUUAAUAGUUUUUUGUAUGGUGCAAGUGAAUUAAAGAGAACACCUGAUGAAAAUGUU